GUGUGUGUGAGAGAGAGAGAGAGAGAGAGCUGCGUUCAUUCUUCCACUUCUCAGCAGACAGCGUUCUACAGAGGAGAGCUACAAAACAAGGCAAAUUGGAAGGGGAAAAAUAGAGAAUAUUAUACAAGAAGAGUUCGCUAUCCACUUCUACCUCCUAUUGGGUGGUGAGAGGUGUCUGAAAGUUUGCACUCUGGGGGACCCCUCCCCCCAAUGCUGGGCUGAACAGAGGACAGCUCCCAUCUUCGAGGUGUGGAGAGCACAGACUACCUCUAGUCAUUUGCAGUGAAGCCAGUGCGCACGAGGAGUGUUCUCCCUCUGUGGAUCUCACAAUUAAUCGCUGCCUGCCUGUCUGCAACAAAAGAGGAGAAGAUCCAAUCAGCGUUUGGGUUUAAUAAGGUGGAAUACCAAGGGACGCAACAGAAAGAUACAGCACAACCAGGGAAAUAAAGGAAGUAGGAGCUCACAGCAGUGAAAGACAUCAUUUAGAGAGAAAAAAAAAAACGCUUUAAGGUAUUUUGAAUUCAAAGGCUCCUGUUCCAGGUGAACUUGAGAAGCAUCAUUUUCUUUUUUGGACCUCUCAGCUUCAGUCAGCUAAUCUUGUGGACUAUUGGAUCCUGGAUGGCAUUUCAAGACUGACUGUUCCAUGGCCCCUCAUCUUCUCUCUUCUUAGCCGGAAAAGAACCAUGUAGUCUGAACAGGUUCUGAUAUGACAUCGGAAUCUUGAAAUAAGUGACCUGUGUAUUCCACUGGGGAUUUUUAACUACUCUUCAGUCACACUCUAUGGGCAUCUACUAUCAGAGGCCCUGCCAGGUUCCUAGAGGAAGGAGAGCUACGAUUGACUCUCACACAGGUUCAUUGCCAGAAGUCACAAGUGCUGACAGGGGAAAUAUUACAACGAAUUCACUGGCAGAAAUGUGCAAAGCAGAUAUAGAAGCCUGAAAAACAGUGAUAACUGGGGGGGAAAGAACAGGCCAUGGCUGAGAGGAUGAUUGCUUCUCAAAGUGAGCCGUGACAGAAUGGUCGACUGUAUGAGUAAAGUCAUGCUGCACACGGCCCUCUCAUGCUGGCAACCGUUCCUGGGACUGGCUCUUGUGGCCGUCUUCGUGGGUUCCGCCUUGGGAUGUCCCGCCCGCUGCGACUGCUCAGCCCAGAGCAAGUCUGUCCUGUGCCACCGCAAACGCCUACCGAGCAUCCCAGACGGCAUCCCCAUCGAGACCAGGAUCCUGGACCUGAGCAAGAACAAGCUGCAGGCCGUCAACCCGGAUGACUUUGCCCCCUAUCCUGGUCUAGAGGAUUUGGACCUCAGUGGGAACAUUAUCAGCUAUGUGGAGCCGGGGGCCUUCAACCCUCUGUACAGCAUGCACUCACUUAGUCUCAAAAGCAAUCGUAUUAAGCUCAUUCCUAUGGGCGUCUUCACAGGCCUGUCCAACCUCACCCGGUUGGAUGUCAGCGACAACAAUAUUGUCAUCCUGCUGGACUACAUGUUCCAGGACUUGAACAAUCUGAAGUUCCUGGAGGUGGGUGACAAUGAUCUAGUGUACAUCUCCCACCGGGCUUUCAGUGGACUGCUGAGCCUAGAGACGCUAACCCUCGAGAGAUGCAAUCUGACGGUGGUGCCUACUGAGGCCCUGUCCCACCUGCACAACCUGGUAAGACUUCACCUGCGAUACCUCAGCAUCAGCACCUUGCAUGCCUACUCCUUCAAGAAGCUGCUCCGAUUGCGCCACCUGGAGAUUGACAGCUGGACCUCGCUGGAAAGUGUGCCGGCCAACACGCUGCACGGCCUCAAUUUGACCACGCUUUUCAUCACCAACACCAACCUGUCCACCUUCCCAUACCAGGCAAUCAAGCACCUGCACUACCUGACGCUCCUCAACCUGUCCUUCAACCGAAUCAGACACAUCGAAGGGAGGUUGCUGUCGGAGUUGGUGCACCUAAGGGAACUGCAUCUGGUCGGGGCUCAGUUGUCGACCGUUGAACCGUAUGCAUUUCAGGGCCUCCGGUGGCUCAAGGUCCUCAACGUCUCCCACAACCGUUUGGACACCCUGGAGAAGGGUGUCUUCCAAGCUCCUGAGGCUCUGGAAGUCCUCUUGAUCGAUGACAACCCCCUGGUUUGCGACUGCCGCCUCAUGUGGAUCCUGCAGAGGAGGCAGUCCAUCUACUUUGGUGACUCGCAGCCGGAGUGCAGUACCCCCGAGGGCAUCCGAGGCAGGCCUUUCAGGGAGUUCAAGGAGACCCUGCUCUCCUACUAUGUGACGUGCACCAAGCCCAAAAUACGGGAGAACAAGACGCAAACAAUUGCCGUGGACGAAGGUCAACCAGUGAGACUGCACUGCAGUGUUGAGGGGACCCCCAGGCCGGUGGUGUCGUGGCUGUCCCCACGCCGGCGCCUCCUCACCAACAAGAGCCACGGUAGAGUCAUGGUCCACAUCAAUGGGACGCUGGAGAUCAAGGCGGCCGAGGUGCAAGACGGCGGGGUGUACCUUUGCAUGGCAACCAACACUGCGGGUAACGACUCAUUAAUGACCUCCCUAGCAGUGAAAAGCCUGGGGUCGCUCUACGCAAACAGGACCCAGUACUACACAGAUCCCAGCAAUGCCACUACCAAUGGGACUAUCAACGUGACCUACGGCUUGGACCUAAAGACUAUCUUAGUGUCGACAGCAAUGGGUUGUUUCACAUUCCUGGGGGUGGUUUUGUUCUGCUUCCUGCUCCUGUUCGUUUGGAGUCGGGGCAAAGGGAAGCAUAAAAACAACAUAGAUAUUGAAUACGUACCUCGGUCCAAGUCUAAUGGCACCUCUAUAGAUGGAGGAGCAGAGGGGCAAGCUGGACCCCGUCGCUUUAACAUGAAAAUGAUCUAACAUGGUUUGUGAAUCUGGGAAUCCAAAUGUUGGGAAUAAUCUAAGGAUUAUUUAUUCACUUCUGAAUUUCCCACUGCUGCAUGAGAAUGCUACCGGGAAUGGAAAUAGCACUGCAGAGCGCCAUAACAGGACACAGGAGUGCAGUCCCAAAUCAUUCCAUCUUAUUGGAUGCAAUGCUACGACAUUGUGAUGUAUGUUUUUGCACAGUUGUCAGUGAGCCUGUCUAACACGGAUCCUCCGAAAUGAACUUAGUUGCUACCCAGGUGACCUGUAAGGUAUAGGUGUCAGUAAUCAAGCUUUUCAAAUUCAAUUUAUAUACCCAAAAGGAAUCCAUAAGUGCUGGGUUGGAUUUAACGACACUACAGAACCUUGUACAGUACAAAUUUGUAUCUAAAAGUAUUACUCUUAUUUGUUUGGUCUUGCACCAUGCUUACUCACAGAACAGACUGAUCAAACUGAGCAUCAUUCCAUCCGACCAUAAUCUUUGCAUAGGUGUACGUAAAUGCUUCAUUAUGUACGUGUAUGUACAUAUUCAUUAAAACAAACUGUUCAUAGCAAUACUCAUGGGAUGCAACGUCAGCCAAAAUCUCAAUUCCCCCAACCUAAUAAGCAAAAUUGUAACUCCCCACUUAUGAAAUUGUCCAUGAAUGUAGGAAAGGGCUUCUACAGGAUUGCAACGUCACACUGGAGAAAAGAUAUCCCUGUUCCCCUAAAUAUGUUUUAUUUAUUUAUUGUCAACCAUAAAAGAAAAUGUAUUUUAUUUAUCAAAGUGGUUUGAGGUUUUUACAAAAGUUGGUAUUAUAACACUAUUCUGGGGAGUAAUAAAUACUUUUGAGGAUCUUGAAGUUGACAGAGAACCUACAAAGACCACUUUUUCAUCCUAUUUUUGUAUUUUUAUUCCUUUGACCGUAACCUUUGCCUAAUGGCAAAAUACAUGUGUCCAUCUUACUACAGUGAAGUUGACAUCUUUUCUCCCCAGUAAGAAAUUUUGACUUUGUUGUGGUAGUUCCUCAUUUUGUUGUAGAAUCAUUUAGAUUGUGACAAGUUCAAAGUAAAAAGAAAUAAAAAAUCAUGUAUGUGAAAUAAAAUAAGAUUUAUUUGUAA